AUCUGGCCCCGCCCGCGCGGCGGCUGGGCUCCUGUCAGAGCCGGCUCCAGCCAUGGUGUUGCCCAGUGUUUUGUAAGUUGGCAGCGGAGGCUCGGGACGUGGCGCAGGUCCCGAUGGCGGCCCUGGUGGCUGCGGCGGCCCUGGCGGCGGCCGAACCUGCACCCUCGGUGCCGCAGGCGGCGGGGAGCGGGGGCCCGACCUCGCGCCGAGACUUCUACUGGCUGCGUUCCUUCUUGGCUGGAGGUAUUGCUGGAUGCUGCGCCAAAACCACAGUUGCCCCCCUGGAUCGAGUGAAGGUUUUAUUACAAGCUCACAACCGUCAUUACAAACAUUUAGGGGUACUUUCCACACUGCGUGCUGUUCCCCAAAAGGAAGGCUACCUUGGACUAUAUAAAGGAAACGGUGCAAUGAUGAUUCGGAUCUUUCCCUACGGUGCAAUCCAGUUCAUGGCCUUCGAGCAUUAUAAAACGUUCAUUACCACAAAGCUGGGAGUUUCUGGUCAUGUGCACAGAUUAAUGGCUGGAUCCAUGGCAGGCAUGACAGCGGUUAUCUGCACUUACCCUCUCGAUGUGGUCAGGGUGCGCCUGGCCUUCCAGGUGAAAGGAGAGCACACCUAUUCAGGGAUCAUCCAUGCCUUCAAGACAAUCUAUGCCAAGGAAGGUGGUUUCCUUGGAUUCUACCGAGGUCUGAUGCCUACUAUAUUAGGAAUGGCUCCAUAUGCAGGUGUCUCCUUUUUUACCUUUGGUACCUUGAAGAGUGUUGGGCUUUCCUAUGCUCCUGCCCUGCUUGGCCGACCUUCGUCCGACAACCCCAAUGUCUUAGUUUUGAAAACUCACAUAAACCUCCUCUGUGGUGGUGUUGCCGGAGCAAUAGCACAGACGAUCUCCUACCCAUUUGAUGUGACCCGACGGAGAAUGCAGUUAGGGGCAGUCCUGCCAGAGUUUGAGAAGUGCCUUACCAUGCGGGAGACCAUGAAGUACGUCUAUGGCCACCAUGGGAUUCGGAGAGGAUUGUACCGUGGCUUAUCUCUGAACUACAUCCGCUGUAUUCCCUCUCAAGCUGUGGCUUUCACAACCUAUGAGCUGAUGAAGCAAUUCUUUCACCUUAACUGAAAGAAAAAAAAAAAUCAUGAUUUGUAGUUAUUUUCCUCAGUAAAUUCUCAGAAGGAUGUGUGUGUGUGUGUGUGUGUGCAUAUAUAUAUGAUACCGUAAUUGUGAAGGAAACAUUACUUGAAGGGGAUGUUCGCCUUGAUACAGGAACCACUGGUAUUUUAAUACUUGAUUUCUUUGAGUUUUAAAAUCACAGAUCAAAAAUUCUUAGCAUAAUUUGUUUUUUUCUUUUUGAUGGGAUCUCCAUAUGUUGCCCUGGCUGGCUUGGACCUCACUGUGGAGAGACCUCCUCUUUGUAGAGAGGCAAUCCUCUUGCCUCUGCCUCCCACAUACUGAAAUUCCAGGCGUGGGUCACCAUGCCUGCUCCAACAUAUUUAUUAAUGGCAAACGUUAUACCUUAGCACCUUGAAAAGCCAUCUUGGGUAAAGUGUUAUUUGGAAGGAAAAGAAGGUUCACAUGUGAGUUCAAGAGGUUGCCGUUAGUCCUACCAUACCAUUCCAAACUUUGCGUUGUAAUUGUGGUUACUGAGGGGGAAGGGCUGGAAUCAAACCCAGGGCCUUUGCAUGCCAAGCACAUGUACCCACUAGGCCACAUCCCCAGCCUGCCAGCGCCAUGCCACUGAGCUAUGUCACUGGCCUCUUCCUUUCUUAGGAUGGUGCUGGGGAUCACACUCAUGCAUUCUGAUUGUGUAAUCGCACACUGCCAAUGGCCCACACCCCAGCCCGCUAACCCCGCUCGUUAUUUCCCCUCCUACUCUGUCCCUUCUCUACUUGUUCUGGGGAGUAAACUCAGGGUCUCUCUGCCUAUCUUGCUAGAUAAGUGCUCUACCUCUGAACUACAUCUCCAGCCUUCUAACAUUGUGUAAUGUUAUUAAAAUCAGCUGACUUCCUUUUAUUGUAGCAGAAUGAGAACUGAAUAUGUAAGGUCUGUGAAACAGAGCCAGCAACAAAGUAGUGUUCUUAUUGUGUUUCUUCUCAGAAUUAUCUCCCGUGGGUAAAGACACCUUUCCAUCUCUUGGUUUGAAAAGCACUUCCUUCCUUUCGUUCUUUCUUUCUAACUCUCUUUGGGGAUUGAGUCCAGGACAUUGUACAUGGCAGGCAUGAUGAGAUCCCAUCAGAAAGUCAGCUGCACACUGAGGUAUAUCCCCAGCUGUCCUUCCUUCUCAAUAAAAUUACUGUUGUAUUUGAAAGGAGAUUGUCAACAAAUGAAGAAAGUCCCAGGUCUUGUUCAAAUGCUAUUACCAUGUUCUUUGAUUAUCAUGAGUUUAAAAAGCCACUGCGUUUCCCAGAGGCAGUUAUGAUAAAGAUUAAAUAUCUUUGCCCUUAAAAGGAGAGUAGCAUUGUAGAUGCUUGUCUAAAAUAACUUGGUAUGUACUAGGAAAUGUAAAUGGACCGUCAAUUUAGAUGAAGCAAUGUUUCCGAGGUAUUACGUCAAGAUAUAAGUUCUUCCAUGUAAUGUAAUUUUACUGUGUCAUAGUCCUAAGCGAAAAUAUAAAGCACAUUUUGAUUGUUACAUUUUAAAGAGGUUGUUUAGAAUAUAGGAAUUCUGAUCAUUGUGUUUAGAACACUUUUUGUUGUAAGCAUGAUCCAUGGAGUAGAAGCAUCAAGCUGUCUCUAGAGGUAGUUAUUUGUAGAACUGAUGUGAUUUUUAAAACAUUAAAAUUAAGCUGCAAAUGUUAUUUCUGCAUUUUUUCAUGUAUAUAAAUAUUUCUUGUCAUAUCUUGGAAAAAAUUGGAUGAAUUAGUUUCAUUUUUAUAAUCUUUACUUUAAAAAUAAAAAUGUAUCUUGUGAUUUGUAAAUGUACCAGGAGUGGGGAAAAGUCUGUUUAUAAAGCUCUUUUGUAUAUUUUAAUUUCUGGACCACAUUGUAGCUAAUUAUUCCAUUCAAUCUUAAGGUAAUUUAAAUCUAUAAAAUAAAUGUCGCAAUUAUAUUAUCAAUAAAGAGAACUGAAGAUAUUUUCUAAAAUAA